GACACUAUGGGUGCCAGUGGAUCAGCAGAUGAUAUUAAUGCCAUGGAAAUCCAUCACUGGUACACGCAAUUUAUGAAGGAGUGCCCAUCUGGACAGCUUUGUCUUCAUGAAUUUAAACAUGUUCUAGGUCUGCAAGAUCUUACUCCAGAUGCAAACAAGUACGUUGAACAAGUAUUUCACACUUUUGACAUGAAUAAGGAUGGAUUUAUAGACUUUUUGGAGUUUAUAGCUGCAAUAAAUUUGGUUAUACGAGGGAAAAUCGACCAAAAACUGAAAUGGUAUUUUAAGCUAUAUGAUGCUGAUGGCAACGGAUCCAUUGACAAAAAAGAGCUCCUAAGCAUAUUCAUGGCUGUCCAGGCUAUUAAUGGCAACCAGAGCACGACUCCUGAAGAGUUCACAAACAUGGUAUUUCAGAAGAUAGAUGUAAACAAUGAUGGUGAACUGACGUUAGAAGAGUUUAUCAAUGGCGUGGAAAGCGACACGAGCCUCUUGGAACUGAUUUCAAAAAGUUUUGACCUUUCCAAUGUACUUAAAGUCAUACAAAGUGGGAGGCGGCAUAGCAUCUGAGGUUUUCUGACCCUGAGUGGGGUAUGUUUAUACCAUGGAUAUUGUAGGGAAGAUAAUAUUUAGUACUUUCACAGAGCUUUAAAUCUUCAAAGCUUUGCAUAGACAGUCACCAACGUCAAACUUCAGAAAUAAUUGUCACUUCAGAGAUUUCACCCUUGACUCCAUACCUUUCUUUCUUUCUUUCUUUCUUUCUUUCUUUCUUUCUUUCUUUCUUUCCAAUGGAUGCAGCAGCCACUGAACAUGAAUCUUUAUCCACAUGCAAUAGUAAAUCUAUUUGUUGCAGUACUACCAGCCUCUCUGAUCACUAUCAACACCAUUCUGAAUAAUGGAUCAGCACUGACAACAGUACAAAAAUUAACCUUUGCAGAAGACCGUGAGCUAAUGUAUCGCUUCUUUUAAGUACAGGUUGUUUAACCUGCAAUUUACAAUGUGGUGAUAAACCAUUAGAUAGGAUUGGCUUCUAUCUGGAUCAAUCAAGAAUGAAGCAUGGUUUGUAUUAACUUAACAUUUGCACUAAUCAGUGCUUAAAAUAGGAGUGGAUUAUCUGCGAAACACCUCAAUGAGCUUACUGUGCCAGAGAUAAACAUCCAUUUGGAAAAGCUGUUCUCGGUUUUAUUACAUCUGUAAAUUAAAAUGACUUAAUGCUUUGAUAUUCAAUGGGGGGGCUUAUUAAACCUAGUUUUCUUCUCACCUUAAUCUUAAUGCAACCAUUAAUCAAUUCAUUAGCCUUUGGAACUGUUGAGUUACACGGCUCUUUAUGGAGUAAUUAUUAAAAAGUCCAGAAGACAGUUUAAAAAAACCCACAAUUUUACUUUUAAAUAAUAAGAUUAGUUGCCUGAGCUGAAAAGAAACUUCAUGAGCAGACUGCAGAGGGAGAAUUAUAUUUCUCUCUGGCUCCAUUGAGGAUUGAGUCUCUCUCAAAUCUACAACAGGUUAUCAAAUUACAAGCAUUAUAUUAUAAGAAUAAAUUCUCAUUGGCUGAUCAUACCAUAGGGCAUGACACCGGUGCUAGUUGCUUUUGAAAGCACCAGCUUCAUGCACAUUUAUGCUUGCAUGGGCUAUUGCAACACAUAGAUGAAGGAAAAUUAUUAAGGCUUGAAAAUGAAAGUGUUUUUCUCCCAAAUUCAAUUCAAAUCUGUGUCCAAUUGCAUAUGAUAUGUGCCACAUCAUCUGUAAUUAUUAUACCUGUUGCUGGUUUGAUCAAUACAGCAGACAACCGGCAACACCUGACAUUAUAAACAGUCCUGACAUUAUAGCUUUGACAUUUAAAUCUUUUAUUUUCCUUCCAAAAAAUGGAAUGAUAAAUGAGACUGCUGGUGGGUUAGAACUUUAAAAUCUUCUAUUUAUUCAUUAUUGACACAUUACUAUGUCAACAUCAGUAUCAUUUUUUUCCAAAUUAAGGACUAAGAGUGAGCUUGAAAAAAAUGAUAAGGAAUGCUUCUGUUUUAGAUUCUUUUGAGGGCAUUUAUAAUUCAAAAUAGGCUUUGAUUUAACACACACAGUUCAAUGUUAAUAGUGUUAUUUAGUCAAUUUGAGUACAUUGAAAUUGUUAGGUUUUAGGCUCUUAAACAAGUGAACUGAUUAUCUUUUAAAACUGAUUACUAUACAUCUAUUAUGACUUUUUUCAUAAAGGGUUUUUACUAUGCAGAGAUUUUUUUUAAAAAAUUGCCUAACUAUUGUAUCUAACUGUAAUAACAUGAUAGAAAUGACCAGGUCACAAGGAGUGUUAUGGUCUAUGAAAGGAAUAAUGAACAUGAGAAAUCUUAGUUGACUCUUUGUUAAACUAUGGGCAGAUCUACUCUUAGGCCAUGUCUACACUUUCAAGCUUACAGUGGCACAGCUAUACUGAUUUUUCACACCCCUGAGUGAACAAAGUUUUGCUGACAUAAGUGCUAGUGUAGACAUGGCCUUAGACGCUGCA